CGCACAUAUCUAUCGCUUUUUUGAACAAUCGUUGGCAGCAACAGGGAAUUGCAGAAACCAGUUGUCUUGGGUUUCGCAAGAAUUCAAAAAGGAGGAUCUGGUCAAACGGCAGGACAUGGAGGAAGAGGCGCCGCGGUUCAAAGUGCUGGAGGAGGCGUUCAACGGCAAUGGGAACGGGUGCGCCAACGUGGAGGCCACCCAAUCGGCCAUAUUAAAAGUGCUGACGCGCGUAAAUCGCUUCCAGCUGCGCGUCCGCAAGCACAUCGAAGACAACUACACGGAGUUUAUGCCCAACAACACGUCGCCGGACAUAUUUCUGGAGGAGUCGGGGUCCUUGAAUCGCGAGAUUCACGACAUGCUCGAGAACUUGGGCUCCGAUGGACUGGACGCCUUGGACGAGGCGAAGGUCAAGAUGGCGGGUAACGGCAGGCAGCUGCGAGAGAUCCUCUUGGGUCUGGGUGUCAGCGAGCAUGUGCUAAGGAUCGACGAGCUGUUCCAGUGCGUGGAGGAGGCCAAGGCCACCAAGGAUUACUUGGUGUUACUGGACCUUGUGGGUCGUUUGAGGGCUUUCAUCUAUGGCGAUGAUUCCGUUGACGGGGACGCGCAGGUGGCCACGCCAGAGGUUCGACGCAUCUUUAAGGCUCUCGAGUGCUACGAGACCAUCAAGGUGAAGUACCAUGUGCAGGCAUAUAUGCUGCAGCAGAGCCUCCAGGAGCGCUUCGAUCGCCUGGUGCAGCUGCAGUGCAAAUCCUUUCCCACAUCGCGGUGCGUCACCUUACAGGUGAGCCGGGAUCAAACGCAGCUGCAGGAUAUUGUACAGGCUCUCUUCCAGGAGCCCUACAAUCCUGCGCGCCUCUGCGAAUUCCUGCUGGACAAUUGCAUCGAACCGGUGAUCAUGCGGCCAGUGAUGGCCGAUUAUAGCGAAGAAGUCGACGGUGGCUCCUACGUCCGAUUGUCGCUUUCCUACGCCACCAAGGAGCCCAGCUCAGCACAGCUGCGUCCGAACUACAAGCAGGUCUUGGAGAACCUCAGGCUGCUGCUGCAGACGCUGGCCGGGAUCAACUGCAGUGUGUCCAGUGACCAACAUGUCUUUGGCAUUAUUGGCGAUCAUGUGAAGGAUAAAAUGCUGAAAUUACUGGUGGACGAGUGCCUGAUACCAGCUGUGCCCGAAAGCACGGAGGAGUAUCAGUCUUCCACACUGUGUGAGGAUGUCGCCCAGCUGGAGCAGCUGCUGGUAGACUCAUUCAUCAUCAAUCCCGAGCACGAUCGAGCCCUAGGGCAGUUUGUGGAGAAGUACGAGACCUACUACCGCAAUCGGAUGUUUCGUCGGGUGCUGGAAACGGCGCGCGAGAUCAUCCAGCGCGAUCUGCAGGACAUGGUGCUGGUGGCGCCCAACAACCACUCAGCCGAAGUGGCAAACGAUCCCUUCCUCUUCCCACGCUGCAUGAUCUCGAAAAGUGCUCAGGACUUUGUCAAACUGAUGGACCGUAUUCUUCGCCAGCCCACGGACAAGCUGGGCGACCAAGAGGCCGAUCCCAUAGCCGGCGUCAUUUCCGUCAUGCUGCACACCUACAUCGAUGAGGUGCCCAAGGUGCACCGCAAGCUCCUCGAAAGCAUUCCACAGCAGGCCGUGCUGUUCCACAACAAUUGCAUGUUCUUCACCCACUGGGUGGCGCAGCAUGCCAACAAGGGCAUCGAAAGCUUGGCGGCGCUGGCCAAGACACUGCAGGCCACCGGUCAGCAGCAUUUCCGCGUGCAGGUCGACUACCAGUCCUCCAUCCUGAUGGGCAUCAUGCAGGAGUUCGAGUUCGAGAGCACGCACACGCUGGGCUCUGGUCCGCUGAAGCUGGUGCGCCAGUGCCUGCGCCAGCUGGAGCUGCUGAAGAACGUGUGGGCCAAUGUGCUCCCGGAGACCGUGUACAAUGCAACCUUCUGCGAGCUGAUCAACACAUUUGUCGCCGAGCUAAUCCGUCGAGUGUUCACGCUGCGCGACAUUUCCGCACAGAUGGCCUGUGAGCUGAGCGAUCUCAUUGACGUGGUGCUCCAGCGGGCGCCCGCGCUCUUCCGCGAGCCAAACGAGGUGGUCCAGGUCCUCUCUUGGCUGAAGCUGCAGCAACUGAAGGCCAUGCUGAACGCGUCGCUCAUGGAGAUCACAGAGCUGUGGGGCGACGGCGUCGGCCCGCUGACCGCGAGCUACAAGUCGGACGAGAUAAAGCACCUCAUCAGGGCGUUGUUCCAGGAUACGGAUUGGCGGGCCAAGGCCAUUACGCAGAUUGUCUAGGACGUGCUCCAUGCGUUUUUGCGAGCGAGGAUUGAUGAACGGCGGGAUACACAUCACAUUUGAGAUGGUAAACGGAGUCUAAAUUUGACGAUCACCAUCAUGUGUCCUUACUGAAAUUCCUUGAACUGUUUACCACAAAUGCCAAUAGUAAUAUAAUUUGAUAAUCUUUAAUUCUCCGAAGGGUUUCACUUGUACAUAGAGAAGUUACAAUCCACAAAAGUCGUUCCAUUCUUCCCGCAACGCAACACAAUUUUUAACAUAAGACUUAUUUAAAUGAAUAAAAACAACUGAAUCCCA